AUGGCACCAAAUGAACACUUUAGCCCUUCCAAGAUGUCUACAUCGGACUCAUUGUUGGAAUCUUCUUCUAGGGGACUCGGAUCUUCCAUCUUUUUUCAAAGCAUUUCUCGAGGUUUGACAUUCGUCUUAAAUCAGCUAACGAUUCGAUUCACAAGUCCUCGGGCAUAUGCGUAUUCAUCCAUUCAUUUUGAAAUUCUGAGAAGUACGAUUUUGUUUAUAAGUAGGGAAUCCGUUCGUCUUGCUAUGCAACGUAUGCCUUCCCAAGAAAACUGCCUUGAAGAUACAACGGAAUUACCAAUCCCCGACUCCAAGUACCGUUCGGGAAGAUUAUUACUUGUUAAAAAUGCUUCUUUGAUCACUGUUUAUGUUGGUAUAGUUGUUUCCACUCUUGUGGCCCUGUUUUAUUUAUAUGCUAUGCCAACGUUUCCAUACAAGACCACCUGUAUAUUGUUGUACUCUUUUGCCAGUUUACUCUACCUCCUGUCGGAGCCCUAUUAUCAAAUACUGCAUUGGAAGCGGCAAUAUUCUCCCACUGCCUCUGCUGAAGGUCUAGGAACUAUUUCCAAUACAAUAACCUCAUUCUCUAUUUUUCUUGUGUUUCAAAACAGAAACCUUUCCGUCCUUCCUUUUGCUCUCGGAACACUUAUGGAAUCUGUGGUUUAUUUCAUCUCUUUAUAUUCAACUGCUAAUGAAAAGUCACUAUUCAUUCUGCCUCGACGAGUUUUACAUGAUGGGAAAUCGAUUUUAUGGGAACGGUCUUUCCUUGGUGUCAUUUCUUCGCAUUCGUUUCAUCUUUUACUCAAGCAUUUGAUGACAACGGGUGACAAAAUCAUGAUUGCUUGGUAUGCUGCACCUUCCGUACAAGGACCCUACGCGUUAGCAUCAAAUUACGGGUCUCUAAUUGCCAGAAUUUUGUUUCGACCAGUAGAAGAGCAUUCUCGAAUUGUAUUUGCUCAACUGACACAUUCGCCCGAAAAAGGGGACCAAAAGAAAGCAACUACUCUUCUUCUUUGGAUACUGAAAUUGUACUUUUAUUUAACUAUGUUUGUCGUUUUUGGGUAUAACUAUGCAAAUAUCGUUUUGAAAUUUGGAGCUGGUAAACAAUGGGCCUCCGAUGAAAGCGCUGGUGUUUUAUCUUGGUAUGCAUUUUACAUUCCAUUUAUGGCAGUAAAUGGCGUUUUGGAAGCUUUCUUCGUAUCUACGGCCAGUUCUUUCGAACUUUUGAGUCAAGGUAGAAUCUUCUUACUUUCUACCAUCUUGUAUUUUGUAAGCGGAAAAGUAUUUUUGGAUUGGUUAUCUUUAGGGGCCCAUGGGCUUGUUUUGGCAAACAUCACAAAUCUUUCAAUCCGUAUCUUGUUUGUUGUACGUUUUGUUCAUAAGAAUUUUCCUCUCUUUGGGUUUUCCAAGUUAAUGCCGCGUCCACUGAUUAUCAUUUUGGCUGUUUUGUUUUCAAUCUUUAGUAGGACUCUUCUGCAUCGAUUUCAAGAGCACAAUAUUGGAUUACUCUUAUUCGUCGCGUCUGCACCCACUUUAGCAAUGAUCUAUGGUGUUGCUAUACUUGUACUCGACAAAGAUGUUUCUACGUUUAUUGUAUCACGACUAAAAAAACCUCAUAGAGAUUAA